UGUGUAUUUGGGGAAAGUAGUGCGUGUGAGGCGGUGCUGGGAGAAGCGGGAGCCUCGGGUGCUGGUGACAAAACCCAGGGAGAGAGAGAGAGAGGAUGGAAGGCUCGCUUUAGAUAAUAAAAUAAUGCUAAUAAUGCCUGCCCGGUGAGAUGAGGCUCCGAAAUGGGACUGUUUUGACGGCUGUGGUCUUGUGCAGUGUGGUCUCUGUGUCUUGGUACGCGGCGUUCUCCGCUCAGAAAGGAGAUGUGGUAGACAUUUAUCAACGGGAGUUUCUAGCACUUCGUGACAGACUGCAUGCAGCUGAGCAAGAAAACCUCAAACGUUCCAAAGAACUGAACCUUGUCUUGGAUGAGAUAAAACGAGCUAUUGCUGAGAAACAAACAUUGAAGGAUUUCAACAGGACCUGGAGUCAUUUAUCAGAUGAAACCAAACUCAAACUUUGGAACAUCACUGUCAGUAAGAAUGUACUGCAGCUGCCAAGCAUCUUCCAUCAUCUCCCACAUCUGCUGGCGAGAGAAGACAGUUUCCAGCCAUCUGUCUACCUGGGACAGAGGAGAACUGGAGUUUCAGUUGUAAUGGGAGUUCCAACUGUAAAGCGGGAGGUGCACAGUUACCUGAUUGACACCUUGAACUCCCUCAUUUAUGAAUUGUCCCCAGAGGAAAAGCAAGACUGUGUGAUUGUUGUACUCAUUGCAGAGACAGAUUUACCAUAUGUAAAUAGUGUUGCAGAAAAUCUCAAAAGUUUAUUUCCAAAUGAAAUUCAGUCGGGCCUGCUUGAAGUCAUUGCCCCAUCAGUGAACUACUAUCCUGAUUUCUCUCAUCUGAAAGAAACAUUUGGUGAUCCCAAAGAGCGGGUCAGAUGGAGAACAAAGCAGAACCUGGAUUAUUGCUUUUUAAUGAUGUAUGCUCAAUUGAAGGGUACCUAUUAUGUACAGUUGGAAGAUGAUAUUGUGGUGAGACCCAAUUAUUUAAGCACAAUGAAGAAUUUUGCACUGCAGCAACCAUCUGAAGAGUGGAUGAUCCUGGAAUUUUCCCAGCUGGGAUUUAUUGGAAAAAUGUUCAAAUCACUGGAUCUAAGUCUGAUUGUGGAGUUUAUUUUGAUGUUCUACAAGGAUAAGCCCAUUGAUUGGCUGCUAGACCAUGUUCUAUGGGUUAAAGUCUGUAACCCAGAAAAGGACGCAAAGCACUGUGACCGACAGAAAGCAAACCUCAGAAUCCGUUUCAAGCCAUCCCUCUUCCAGCAUGUAGGAACACACUCAUCACUGGCUGGAAAGAUCCAGAAAUUAAAAGAUAAAGACUUUGGAAAACAUGCCUUGCACAAAGGACAUUCCAAUCCCCCAGCGGAAGUAACUUCCAGCCUGAAAACAUACCAGCAUUUUACACUGGAAAAGGCUUACCUGGGAGAGGACUUCUUCUGGGCUUUCACCCCCGUGGCUGGUGAUUUUAUACGUUUCAGAUUUUUUACACCAGUAAAAGUGGACAGGUGGGUUGGAAUUUUAAAUAGACCCAAUGCUCCGUGUAACACCAACUUGCAUUGAUAAAGCUCCUUAAAC